UUCCGUGCCUCGUCGGCCUCGGUCCCAGACCGCGCUACGCCGACGAAGGUGUACAUCGAUCGGAAUGAAUUCUCGGUCUAGCCUGGAGAAGCCGGGGAACCCUCAGCAGGCCGCGCUCGGUGACUUGAGGUCGCUGUUGGGUGCUGUCGUGCGGAAACCUCGCGGGGACGCCCAUGGCAUCGCAGUUGACCAUCCAGCUGUGGCGGAGGCCAAACGUCGCGCCCUACAGAAAGGUGGCCCCUUCGACCAUUUCCCUCUACCUUCACCGUCCCAGACGGACCGAGAGCUGUUGGAAAAAGGAGCGGAACCGUGCCACUUCACCUCCGCCAUUCUUCGCGGUAUCAAUCACGAAGAUGGACGUGAGGCAGGCACUCCCUAUCUUACGGAUGGAGACGGCAACUGCUUGUUGAACGCCGUGGCCAUGCUGCUCGUGAAGAAGCAACCACGUGGGGUCAGGAACGCCGUGAAGACGAUGGCAGCUCAGCUCCGGCUGGGGAUUGUCGUGGAAGGCUUGCGCAACAUCGAGGUGUACCUCGAUCGCCAGUAUGAGUUCUACGGCACGUGGUACAACUAUGUGGAUCAGGUGGUGUUCGACCUGAAGAGGUGUGGCUGGGUGGUGGACGCAAUGCCGGAGAACCGUUGGCGAAUGGCGUCGCGUGACUGCGCACGGCUGGUGUUCUUAGGAUGUCUGCACCACAUCGCUCGGGAUAAAGUAUUCCUCCAGCAGUUCGUGCUUCCUAUGCUGGCCACCGUCAUCCGGGGACCUGUCCGCGUAUUUGUGCCAUUCAUCAGCGUCCAGAACGUCAACGGUGGAGAGUGGCAGUGGACCCUGUUCCAACCGCUGGUCGCACCGGACCCGGGACGUCAGACCGUUCAUGUUGUUAUGACGUAUGUUUCGAGCGCGGACUACAGACCCCAGUUCAGCGACGCCCACGAGUACAAACGUCUCAACGGUGGCCGCAUCAGGGAGUUGAACCACUUCGUGGCUCUGUCUCACGACAACACCGCGAAAAAUCACGAAGCUGCUGUCACGAGGAUGGCCGGUCUUGUGCGCUUGGCACAAGACGACUGCAAGGAGUCGGAGGCGAGGCUCAAGGAAGCUGUAGGGGACUCGGGUGGUUCACCGUCGGCUCCUCAUACCUGCACGGAACUGGCGGACGCGCAGGGCAAGGCGCAAGAGCAGCUCAGGCGGAGGCAGGCCGCUUACAGAUGUAUAACGGGCACGUACUUCACCCCGCUGGCUUCCGCGGCGGAGGUAACCGCGUUGGAGAAGGAGUGCUUCAACAAGCGGCAGGACGAAGCGCGGAGGCUCGCGGAGCGUAAAGCGAUUGCAGCUGCUGAGGAGGAGCGCCGCAGGAUGGGGAAAAGCGAAGACGGGGGUGGAAGGACAGGGGGUGAGGAGAAGAACUAUGGAGGGUCGAGCCGCAAGGGGGGCGGCGGUGGUGGCGAGGGAGGGGACAAGGACGAUGACAACGCUGGGGGGUCGGGCCGCGAGGGAGGAAUGGGUGGUGGCAAGGGCGGCGAGGAGGAUGACGAUAACGAUCCGGAUGAUGGCGGGGGACAACCGUCAGGAGGAGGUGGUCAAAAGGGGGGCGGGGAUCCGCAAGGAAUGGGGGGCGGUAAGGCGGAAGAUGGUGACAGGGAUGGCCCCGCAGCUGGCGAGAACGAGAAGAAGGUUCGGGCGUUUCUUCGGAGGGUGAAAAUUCGUCGAGACAUGGCCGUCCGCCGCGAGGCUAAGGGGGACAUGGGCGUGGGCGUCGGUACUCGCUUUCACACCGGUAGUUGGGAGGGAAGCGGAGGGGGGUAUGGGACCAUUUUUAAGGUGAAUUUGGAUGACGAGUUCUUGACGGCGUCAUACGACGUCCACAUGGACGGGGAGACGACAGAAAAAACCUUCCCCGCGAAGCAAGUUGAGGACGCCGUAUGGUAUGCUAGAAGACUUCACCAGAGGGCACCAUCCGGGGGGGGAGAGAAGGACUCUAAGCAAGCGGGCGGUGGGUCAAGCGGGGGAAAACAAUGCAAGGGUGGGGAUGCUUCUGGACCUCACGGUAGUCCGGGAGUGGAUGGCACGACGAAUAAUGAACGGAACUCCGAACGGGAUGAGGGGUCCGAUAAAGAAGGUAGUGGGAAUGGUGGCGGCGACAACAAACGGAAGCAUGGGUCGGCGGGGGAUGGGAAGCGGAAGCGGCGGUCGGCGGGCCGCAGGGAGCAGUCGGGAGCGGGCGAUGGGACGGGCGAAGGAGGGGGUGGGCGUGGUCCCGGUUGGGAAGAUGACCCGGACAAGGAAGAUGACCCGGAUAAGGACCCAGGCUCGGGGGACGACGAAAACAAGGAGAAGGAGGACAUGUGGGAGCCGGGUGAUCCUGAUGGAGUAGUCGCAGUCGGUCGGGAAUUCGACGUCGAUGCUGCAACGCCAAGGGAGACCUGGGACAAGGUGUUCGACAUAUGCCUCCGGGGCCUGGAGAGUGCAGGGCACAAGACGCUCAAGUCCAAAAGGCGUGUCGCGCUGAAGACGGAUAAAUCGAGACACGUCUACUGUGAGAUAUUAUGCAAGCACAACGGGUCGCCGCGCUUCAAGGAGUACGUUCCCACGGCAGGGAAGAAGAAUCGGGAGCGUAGGUCCCAAAGAGUGGGGUGCCCGUUCAAGGUGGGCAUAUACUGGAGGUCGGGAACCCUAACACCCGCGGUGACCCAGGCCGACUUGAGGCACAACCACGACCCCCGAGGUGCCGUGUCGAAGGCACAGGAGAAAGUACUCCCGCUCUCGUUCAUUGAUGACAGAAUGGACGACAUUCGCAAGUGGACCGCGGCAAACCUCGGCGCACAAGAAAUCUUCAAGCUGCUACAUGCUGACGGUGAAAACCGCCUCUUAUGUCGCCAGGGCAAGAAGAAGGUGUGGAACUUCAUGGCAAAGGUGCAAGAAGAACUGUACUGCUCUCCGGAGGACGCGGCAAACUUCCUCGCUACCCUCCGGAGCGACCCCGGGAUGUACGUCGCCAACACAUUUGACGACCCCGGGAGGCUGGUUAACGUGUUCUGGGCCACCGCCGACCAGCAGGAGAGGGCGGCGAGAUUUGGGGGGUGCAUCCAGAUGGACACCACCGUCUUCGCGAACAGGUACCGAUGCCCGGUCCUUCUGUUCGUGGGUGUUGAUGACGAGAACCGUAGCUGCAUACUGGGCCAGGGUCUCCUACGCUCGGAAUGCGCAGAGACGUUCGAGUGGUUCCUCACUCAAUACGAGAGCGCCGCUGGUGGAUGGGAACGGCGGCCGAAGGGGACGGGGCAGGGAGAGAUGGUGUCGCAAAUACCCAUGACCCGCCUGUUCUAG